AAAAUAGUAAACAUUUGACACUAGGUAAGUUUACGUGGUCUCGGCUCUCGGUACGUCAAAGUUGAAAUCGGGCAUCGAACUGAAAUUUCAACAUAUAGGCCUACAAUGGCUGGAAAGAAUACAAAAAAUCCUCUGUUGACUGGUGCAAGUAUAAGUUUUCCGUUCGAAAAUUUUGCUAACAACACUAUUCUCGUUCCUGUUUCCCAAAACGAGCCGCCCUUGAUACCAGAAGAAAUAGAAGCUGACAGUUUUCUUGGACAAGAUCCCCAGAGUGGAUCCAACAGCUUCAAGCAAUUUGCCUUAUCCAGACCAUCAAUUGGCAAAUCAUUUUCUUCCCAGUCACUGGCCUCUGUUGGACACUCAGAGCCGUUGACUCCAGACCUCAGGACUCAGUUUCCAUCUGAACCUCAGCUGCCUCUCCCCAACCCCAGUCCUAUCCCUGAGUUCACCCAGAGUUUCACAGGGGUUUCCCACCCCACCAAACCCACUCCUGUGUAUGCCGAUGCCUUGAGCCAGCAGUUUACCCCAUUGAGCAUCCACUCCCACACUUCCAGCGAUGUGGUACAGCCUCCUCCAUCUCUGAACACAGUCCAGAACUCUCAGUUCUCGGGUCAGAUUCCGACCUUUUACACACCAUCCCCAGAGGCUCCUGUUGCUCCUCAACAGCAGUCACUAUUCAGCUAUUUCUCAACCCUUGAACCUCCUCAAUAUAACACCCCUCCAGCUGUUGGGAAUGUGACACCAUCGGCGGCCAUUACUCCACCUGUGUCUCACCCCCCUCAGCGGCCACCAGAGGCAACACUUCCCCCUCCUUCAGGAGGCCAACAAAACUCGUACCGUCUUGGGAAUAUCAAACGACCCACCUACACACGUCCCCCGGAGUUACCUGUUGCUGUCCCGCCCAUGGCUGCCAUGCCUACGCCCUUGGCUCCCACCCAGGCCCCAGCCACCCUCUUUACACCUUGCAGUGUGGACAGUCUCGGCUCUAGUGGUGCCACCGCAACUGUACCUCAAACGUUCCUAAAGUUUUCUGAAAUGACACCAUCCUCAGCUUCUCCUAGCCCUCCUUCUGUUCUACCCCCAUCAUUUGCUAGUCUGGCUCAAGGGGCUACCUAUAGACCUGUCUACCAUCACUGGUUCUACAAGAAGAUGGUAGAGGGCAAGGUUCUCUGGCAGCCCUUCAGCAUGAGUGACUCCCUUGCUUUAGAGGAGGCAUUUACUUCCGCAACAAUAUCGCCUGACACAAAGGUGGCCACUGAUGGUGGUCGCUAUGAUGUUGAGGUGCUACGGCGACGUCGAUCAGCUGCGUACUGGGCCGAGGAGCCAAGUGAAGUCCGACGUUGUUCCUGGUUUGUAAAAGGAUCCCUGGAUAUCCGAUAUGUGCCUUAUGAGGAGAAUGUGGCAACUAUGCUUGAGGAGGAGUAUCGGAUAGCUAGCACCACCAACGAGUGGAAUCGUCAUGUGCCAUUGCCUGACGGAGAGGUGAUUGUUAUCCACAGUCCCAACGCCAUUGCCCACCACACUCGCUCUGUCUCGCCUGACGUUUGGGGCACUAACUCUCCUCAAAUGCAGCAGAAGCCUCGAGUAGUCAAGCGAGGAAUGGACGAAUUCGAUAUCAGUGAUGGGGAACCUGAAAAAGUUGAUCACCUUCUCUUUCUUGUUCAUGGAAUCGGAAAGUUUUGUGAUCUGAAAUUCCGUCCCGUAACUGAAGUUGUGGAUGACUUCCGCAAUGUGUCACUGCAGCUGCUGCAUUCACACUUUAAAGAGGCAGUGGAGAUGGGUCGGGCCGGCCGGGUGGAGGUGCUGCCUGUCUCCUGGCACCAGGCACUGCACAACGAGAACAUUGACAAGCGGCUGAACAACAUAACACUUCAGAGCAUUCCCCGUCUGCGUCACUUCACCAAUGAUACCCUGCUUGAUAUCUUGUUCUACACCAGCCCCGUUUUCUGUGAAACAAUUGUCCAAGCUGUGGGAAGUGAGCUGAACCGUCUCUACAACCUAUUUUUGUCACGCAACCCCUCGUUCUGUGGCGGCGUGUCGCUGGGCGGACACUCACUUGGCUCGCUCAUCCUGUUUGACAUGUUGUGUCACCAGAUGCCUGUGUCCACACCGUCCCCUGCCCCCACUCCCACCACACCCACUCCCACCAACGAUGGCCUGGAUGUGGUUGCGGACGAGGAGAUGAAAACUCUGGGAUGCCUUAAGACUAGAAAAGCUCGACUGAGCAGGUCAGUGAGCUAUGUGACCAUCGGCACAGCCGGUACAGGUCAGCCAUACAUCUCCUAUCCACAGUUGGUGUUCAGACCUAAGGCCUUCUUCGCUCUGGGCUCACCCAUUGGAAUGUUUGUAACAGUACGGGGUAUUGAGUCCCUGGGAGAGGACUUUUCUCUACCCACAUGCCCCUUGUUCUUUAACAUCUUCCAUCCCUUCGAUCCGGUGGCGUACCGUGUAGAGUCACUCAUCAACUCAGACUUCGCCAAGUACUCCCCUGUCCUUAUCCCCCACCACAAGGGCCGCAAGCGAAUGCACUUAGAACUGAAGGACACACUGGAACAUGUGGGAACAGCCCUAAAGCAGCGGUUGGUGGAGUCUGUCAAGAACACAUGGAAUACUGUUUACCAACUCGCCAUGUUCCACCGAACCGAUGAUCAUGCCAUUGAACAAGAAGUCAAUAAGGUCAUUGAGAACGAGAUAAGGCAAUCGUGUCCAAGUGAUAGUGACGCAACUAGAAGUCACUCACCUGACACCCACCCUGGUCCUGAGGUGCGGAUGGGACAGCUCAAUGGUGGUGGUCGCAGGAUAGACUACGUGCUGCAAGAGGCACCUUUGGAAAGCUUCAACGAGUACCUGUUCGCUCUCAGUAGCCACGUCUGCUACUGGGAGUCGGAAGAUACAAUGCUGAUGAUGCUGAAGGAGAUCUACAGCACGAUGGACAUAUCGCCUGACAGUCAAGUGGUGCAGCAAAUUCUACCUUUUGAAGUGCCAGACAGUGUAGAGCCACAGUACGUGCCACUGGCUGCUGGAUCCAGCUCUGCAUCAGUUGGUAUGGACCCGACCGCUCCCAUCUCAGACAACGUCAAUAUCGGACCCCCACCCAUCUCCGGCUUCGUCAGAAAGUAGGCUAGGCUUGCAUUGAGCCAGCAAUUGUUACCAAUCAGCCAAUAAGAUAAUUUAAAAACAGCAAAGUCAGUCUGUCAAUUAAAUGGUGCUACAAAGUGGAAUACAUCUUCAAACUAACUGCAGAACUGUGAUUAAAUUGAAUCUAAUUUGGACACGUGAUUUGUAAUUAUAUAUUGUAAAAUUUAAUACUGUACAUGUAUUUUCUUAUACUGAAUUAUAUCUCCACUGUUAUAACUACAGUAAAUACUUGAGAAAACAUUAAGGUGGAUCUGAUAGUUUUUUACUUCUUUAAUUUUAUCAUUUUGUGAAAUAGAUUCAAUUUUGUACUAUAUAAUGAAAUUCUCAGUAAAUGUUUUCGAAAUAUUUACAUAAAAAUAAUAUAUUUAAUAAAACUAAUUAUUGUAUUCUGUAUCCUUAUCAAAUAGCUUAAGAUUAUCAUUAUAAUAAAUUGUACAGAAGUUUACCUCCUAUCCAAUGAGUUUAGAAAAACUGUAAUAACUUUUCGAACAAAUAUGAUUUUUCUGUGGGGUUUAUAUGUACUGUUAGCUUACACAUGAGCAUGUCAUUGUGUAAAUUAUUGGAAGCUAUUCUUUUAGAAGCAAUAAAUAAUGAAAAGUGCCAACUGAUUUCUUUUAUGUAGCAAAAAUGUUGAUAAUUUGUUUUGUUACGCCUGGACCAUUAUUUUUUUAGUUUAUUAUUGAUUAUUGAUUUGUUAUUACUGUGUAAUCUGUGAGCCUAAUUCCAUCCAUAAUUUUAUGUUAAAAGAAACGUGAAAACACAACUUUACUUCUUAUGUUUUUAAAGAAUUUUUAAUUUUUUGUACCUUUGGUAAUUAUUAUGUCCAUAUUUUGAAGUAAUUUUUUCUUCAUGUUACUCUCAUAUUUUAAUACACUAUAAACUAAACUAGUAAACCAAAACUAAACUGCCAAUUUUUAUUCCUAUAAUUUUCACAAUGUUCCAUGGGUAAAUAAGCAUGUGUAAAAGGUGCUGUAUGUCUGAAAGAUUGACGUAAACUGACAAGGCUUUAUCCUGAAUUAUAAAAAGUGCCUUGCAUCACAAUGCUGAGUAAAUAGCUAAUUAAUCUGUGAGUUUGGAUAUAUUUUGAUAAUUGUUUAUAAUGUUUAAAUAAUUAUUCUGAAUUGGCAUCACAAACCAUUUAAAUUUAUGGUUAGUAAUUAUUAGUCUCCAACUAAUUGGCAGUAUGUUCAUCCUGGUCUGAAACUUUAAACCCACUACAGUCCUGAUCCAAGAGCACAAUACUGAAACUAUAAUCUUGUCUGUAAUCAGAAUUGUUGCAAUCUUUUCCAAAUUAUAAUA